AUGGCCCUGCGAGCCAAGCCCGCGACUUCCCUCGUCCCCUUCCGAACCGCCGCCGCGUUUACCGCCAGUUCCCGCCGAGAUGCGAGCUCGUUGACACCGCACGGCGCCGGCGCCUCGGCGCUCGCCAAGCCGCGCAAGGAAGUCCCUCUGCCGAGCGAGGAGGGCACCAAGGGCGUCAUCCAAUAUGCGCUCGGGACGUUUGUCGGGCUGACAGAGUCGCGAUAUUCGAAAACAAACAGCACCUCCCUCGAUGUCAUCGCCAACUGGGCGCGCCAGUCCUCCCUCUGGCCCAUGACCUUCGGCCUCGCCUGCUGCGCCGUCGAGAUGAUGCACCUCUCGACGCCCCGAUACGACCAGGACCGCCUGGGAAUCAUCUUCCGAGCCUCCCCCCGCCAGUCGGACGUCAUGAUCGUCGCCGGCACCCUCACCAACAAGAUGGCCCCCGCCCUGCGCCAGGUCUACGAUCAGAUGCCCGACCCCCGCUGGGUCAUCUCCAUGGGCAGCUGCGCCAACGGCGGCGGCUACUACCACUACAGCUACAGCGUCGUCCGCGGCUGCGACCGCAUCGUCCCCGUCGACAUCUACGUCCCCGGCUGCCCCCCGACCAGCGAGGCCCUCAUGUACGGCAUCUUCCAGCUGCAGCGCAAGAUGCGCAACACCAAGAUCACCCGCAUGUGGUACAGGCGGUAA